UAACUGAAAGGAGCAGAGGAAGACGGUGGCGUCGGGGCCGGUGAGGGGCAAGGCGUGUUUAUUUUGCAUCCCGUGAGGUCCCGCCUUGCAGCUGCCUUACAUCUCACUCGCACUUUACGCACGACUGGCGGCGAGCGGAGUCUGAGCCACAGCCAGCGGGCGUGCUUCGGAGCAGUCCCCCGCCGAGACGCCUCCGCUAGCAGCGCGUGACCCCAUAGGUCUUUGCCUCCGUCGGCUCCCGCAAGCACGAGAAGAUCCAGCAAGGUCGCCACUUCCGGUCCCCCGGCCAUCCAGUAGUAUAGCAAGUGGAGCAGCCCCGGAAGUGACGUGAGCAGAGAGGCGGUCUCUUUCCGCUUCCGGCCUGGCGAAAGCACGUUUGGCGACAUGAAACUGCUCACUCACAAUCUGCUGAGCUCGCAUGUGCGGGGGGUGGGGCCCCGUGGCUUCCCCCUGCGCCUCCAGGCCACCGAGGUCCGCAUCAACCCCGUGGAGUUCAACCCCGAGUUCGUGGCGCGUAUGAUACCCAAGGUGGAGUGGGCGGCGCUCCUGGAGGCCGCAGAUACCUUGCACCUGGUCGAGGUGCCCAAAGAGCCGAUUCAGGGAUAUGAGCAUGAUGAGAAAUUUCUGAGGAAGAUGCACCACGUCCUGCUGGAGGUGGAUGUGUUGGAGGGCACCCUGCAGUGCCCGGAGUCUGGACGUCUGUUUCCCAUCAGCCGUGGGAUCCCCAACAUGUUGCUGAGUGAUGAGGAAACCGAGAGUUGAUCAUGCCAGACACCAGUUUUCCAUUUCGUGACUGUGUGUGUCUUUGUUGAUGUAUGUCUUGGUUACUAGUUCUGCCAUGUAUGUCACCAGCUCUUGUCCUCAUGACAAACUGAACACACAGUGUUCUUGAGCUUGAUAGUAUAUAUUUUUUUCUCAUUAAAGGUUCAAAACCAAAA